CAACAUAUUUUCACUCCAAAAUUGUUUGGGGCACGGUAAAGUGAAGUUUUGAAUUCCACUAAAACAAAGUCAUUAUGCUUGACCAUAGAGGAAAAGCGAUAUAUUAAAACUUCUUUCAUUGUGAUUCUAAGACUCCACUUUAUUAUGGUCUCUAAAGGGACUUCACUAAAGCGCAAACACAAAGAUUUGUUUCAGGGCGGGAAUGAUAAUUCUGAACAUUACUCGACAUGGGUCGAAGAAUUUUCACCGACUAAUGUUGUGUUUCUUUUCAAUCAUACCUCUGUGAGAAAGGGUGACUUAUUGAACAUCUGUUUUCUUAUCAUCUGGCCCUUAAGCAAGGGGAGUCAUUACUGCCAGCUUCUCGCAGAAGAGCUUGCAAUUCAUAAAAAAAAAGUUUCUGAAGUACAAGUCUGGAUUCAGACUGCAACUAAUAAACAGAAUAAAGAGUGUUUCCUUAUUUUGAGUGGCCCACCAGGUGUAGGAAAGACUGCAACGGUCAAAGCUUUAUCUAAAUCUCUUGAUAUUGAGUUAUUCACUUGGUCAAAUAAGCAUCAAGAAAAUGCCAAAAACACAUAUGAUGGAGUUUCCAAAUGCUUUUAUAAGAGAUCCAACACUGCUUCAUUGCAUUCUAAGUGUUUGUUCUCAAAAGGAGGUACGCUGUUCAGUCUUAUCAUCCAGUCAUUUUCAUCAUUAGUGAUAAUGAUGAAGGUUCUCUUUUGCCUAAGGAUUUGCAGUUUUCUUUGAAAAUCAAAAAUAUUAGGUAAAUAGUUUUAUUGUAAUGCUACUUUUAUGUGUAUUAAACAAGGAUAGAUCAGGGAACAGAUUUUUUACUGAUACACUACAGGUUUUAUGUAAUAUAUUUUUUUCAUCACCUAGUAUUUUGGAUUUGUUUUGUUGGUUUUGUAACAUAACGUAUUUGAACAUGUUUGUUGACCACUAUAUAAAAUAUGGUAAAUUUUAGGAUUUUUAGAAGAAUGGAGUGCGUAAAAAUGAGCAUUUUUCAACUAAAAAUACAGUUAAUCCAUGACGUUUGUGAGCCUCCAUUAUCUGAUUUGACAAAAGUAAACCAUUUUUAUACCCUAAG